UACAGAGGGAGAAGGGGACUGAUUGCUAGCUUGGGAGCUAACGAUUAUAGAAACGGGGUUGAACGUGGAAAUGUUUCACACGGUGGGCUUCCUUUCCUAAAAGCGUACAUUGGAUACCUGUUUGUGACGAAGAGGCCUGGACCGGCCGUUUUCAAACAGAACCAACAUACAUUUACGCUUAUAUUGUAGCUAACCAUCGCGCCGUGUAGCCACAGCACAACACAGCAGCGCCAGUCGGAGCCCGUCUCCAAAACAAGAAUGGGGUCUAGGUCCACAGCACGGUUUAGGUAAAGUGACCUUUGGUUGUGUACUCUAAAUGGCAAAUUUCACGAAUUACCAAGAAAGCAAAGCCGCUAUGUUGUUAGUGGAGACGCAACAGAGGGGCAUCGGGACGAAGCCAGCGGCAGCCAAUGAUGGAGACACCUCGGUAGGGGAACCCCCUUCCCCGUUAUUGAAUAUCGGUGGCGUCGGGGCCAGCGGAGCUCGUUUCCAUCAGCACUUGCCGCCCUCCAGCCACCAUCACUACCCCCAGAGCUCGCUGCCCAAAGGACAACAACACCCGCUGUCGCACCACUACCAGGCGGCGACGGAGCAUCAUCUCUCUGUUGAAAACAUCACGGAGUCCCCGGUAAGGAAAGCCUCGUCAUCGUCUUUGAACCUGGUACAGCAGGACCCCGCUGCUAGCCACCACGCACUCGCUGCGUCGGUAAACGCGGCGUCGGCCGCGAUACAACUAGCCGCGAAUGCUAAUGUUAGCGUGGCUACCUCAGAAGGUGUAGUGGACGACAUUCAGAAGUGUGGCUAUCUGCGGAAACAGAAACACGGCCACAAGAGGUUUUUCGUGCUGAGGGCGGCCAGCCACCUAGGCCUCAGUCGGUUGGAGUACUAUGACAGCGAGAAAAAAUUCCGUAAUAGCCUGCGGUCUGCUGCUGCGGCAGCUGCAAACGGUACGGUCGCCCCUUCUCCCCCGAAAAGGGUGAUCUAUCUGUAUCAGUGCUUCACUGUCAACAAAAGAGCAGAUUCCAAAAACAAACACCUCAUAGCCCUCUACACUAAGGAUGAAUACUUUGCUAUUGUAGCUGAGAACGAGCAGGAACAAGAUGACUGGUACGUAGCCCUGAGUGAACUGAUGAGUGAGGGGAAAAAGGGGCAUCUAGACUCGGACGAGUUGGAUGACGGCUACGGUACCGUCACACCAGGUACGGUUUUCAAAGAGGUGUGGCAGGUGAACGUGAAACCCAAAGGACUGGGUCAGACCAAGAACCUCACAGGUGUGUAUCGUUUAUGCCUCUCUACUAAAACUAUCCACCUGGUCAAACUAAACUCUGAGACGCCAUGUGUCAACCUUCAGCUGAUGAACAUCAGACGCUGUGGACACUCAGAAAGCUUCUUCUUCAUGGAGGUGGGUCGGUCGUCCUCUAUAGGCCCUGGGGAGAUAUGGAUGCAGGUAGAUGACUCUGUAGUGGCCCAGAACAUGCACGAGACCAUCCUGGAGACCAUGAAGGCUCUGAAGGCCUUCGCUGAGAUCCGCCCCAGGAGCAAGAGCCAAUCUUCUGGCUCCAACCCCAUCGCUUUUAUCACCACCCGCCGUCACCUAGGUAACCUGCCUCCGAGCCAGACAGGUCUCCAGCGCCGCUCCAGGACCGAGUCGGUGGUUGGGACGCCGCCGUCGAGUAAGAGCUCUGGCGCCAGCGGCUAUCGCUUCCGAACAUCGAGCGAGGGUGAGGGGACGAUGAACCGGCCAUUCCGAUCCGUUACCGGCAGCCUGAUCCACCUGAACACUGCCCGGAUACACCUGGGGCGCCAGGAGGGCGGGGUAGGGGCAGGGAAUACCGGGAGCACCGGGGUAGUAGGGCGCUACGCCAGGGCACUACCAGGGUCCACCUACCACGCCCGCUCCGCCUCGCUCCCCGUCUCCCACUUUCCCUCCACCACCUCCCCCGUCAGCGUGUCCAGCAGCAGCGGGCACGGCUCGGUCUCCGAUACCCUUACCCGGCCCUCCUCAGCGUCCAUCUGCGGUUCCCCCUCCGACGGAGGCUUCAACUCCUCAGACGAGUACGGCUCCAGCCCUGGGGACUUCCGCUACUUCAGGGUCCGGAGCAACACUCCUGAUUCCCUUGGCAACACCCCACCAAUCAGAGAAGAGAACUGCAUGAGCGACUACAUGGCCAUGGGCUGGCACCGUGAGGUGUUCGGAGCCGCCAGCGGUGGAGGGAGUAGCUCUGGCAGCGUGGAGACCCCCAACCGGGACGAGAGCACGUCGACGGAUGACAACAGGUCCCUGAGGAGAAGAACCCACUCGUUCACGCGGCCCGGGGGUCAGGGGGGUGUUGCCGGCGGCAGCAGUGGCGUGACGGUGUACCAGAAGAUGACCCAGACCACCUUCUCGCUGGACGAGUCGGUGUCCGUGGGAGAGGCCCUGUCUCUCGGCCGCACCGACAGCAUCACCCAGCCUUCCUCCUCUUCUUCUUCCCUCCGCUCUGACUACAGCUCCUGCUCCGAGCACAGCCAGGGCCGACCCCCUCCUUCUUUGGCCAAGGAGGACAGCGGCUACAUGCCCAUGUUGUGUGGGGUGGCAGCCUCACCCUGUGAUGCACCGGACUACAUGCCUAUGCAACCCAGCUCCCCCUCUCUUCACCACCACCAUCCCCAGCCCUCCCACUCUCCCCAGGCCCCCCGCUCAGCCCAACAGCCCACAGACCCCCGUGGCUACAUGAUGAUGCUACCAGGGGGGCGGAGCUCCUCUUCCCCAGUCCAGGCCUCCCCCAGCCCCCACAGCAGUAGCAGUAACAUGGGUCUGGGUGGAGGUAGUGUCAGUAGUUCUGGUAGUAUAGUGGAGCGGCCCGAGAAUGGAGAGUACAUGGACAUGUCGUACAGCAGUAGCGGAGGAGGUGGAGGGGACGCGGCAGGGGGGCGGAAGUUCUCCAACGAGGGGGGAUACUACGCACUGAGCAACCCUGAAGGGAGAGACCCCAAAUCAUACAGCUACAGCCCCUACUUCUCCCUGCCUCGCUCCUACAAGGCCCCCGCUGCGAGAGAGAGGGAACAGAGAGAGAGGGAACAGAGAGAGAGGGAACAGAGAGAGAGGGAACAGAGAGAGAGGGAACAGAGAGAGAGGGAACCGAGAGAGAGGGAACCGAGAGAGAGGGAACCGAGAGAGAGGGAACCGAGAGCGCAUGAUGAGUAUGUACCCAUGAGCUCCCCGGCGAAACCAGUCUACUCCCAGGUUGCUACCGGCAACGUCGCCGAGAGGGGCGUGACGACGAGGGGUAUUGGUAGUGGGGGGUCAGACACCCCUCACAUCCUCCCUCACGCCUACCCGCCCCCUCCCUACGGGGUGCACCACCAAGCGGCUAACGGUGACCGUCGGACGACCCCGGUCCGGCCCAACCGCCUCCCCCUAGGGCGCCGCAGCUUCCACGGGUCACUGAGGGUCAGCGAGCCAGACGCCGCCGAGGUACUCUCCAGCCCUGGAGAGUACAUCAACAUCGAGUUUGGGGGCCGGUACGGACCCCCGACGUCCUGCCCCCUCUCUGCCCAGGAUGGCUCACCCUCGGUGGGCUCUGCUGAGCAGCGCCGCUCCCCUCCCCACCCCCAUCCUCAGAACCAGGACUAUAUGAGUGUAGAGGUGGGGGUUGGAGGUGGAGGUGGGGGUGAUGAUGGAGGACGCCUGGCUAAGAACAAGUCUCCCAGACCCUCACUGGUGGCUCCCUGGAACCCACCCAGCUACAUCCGACCUCUUGCCGCUGGAGCCUCCGUGAGUGGGGCCCCUGGUUCUUCUGGAGCUCGAUGGCGGACGGGGACAGAUGACUACACAGAUAUGACCUUUAACCUCAGCAGGGGUGAGGAGUCGCGGGGGUUACGGAGUAGUCCCACGGCCAUGCUGCAGCACCUGUGUUUGAUGGAGAGCUGCUACCCCCCCACCUCUGCCUCCCCUCCCUCCUCCAGCCCCCAGCCUGAGCCCAUCAAGGUGGUACGCGCGGACCCCCAGGGGCGACGCCGACACAGCUCCGAAACGUUUUCCUCAUCCUCCACCUCCGGAGGAGGCGGAGCCACAAGCUCCAGCACCAACCCCUCCGCGGGCUCAGCCAACCCCUCGGCCCUCAACGUAGCUCAUCUGGCCGAGAGCUCCAAGUGGACCGGCUCUGGCUCCUUUGACAGUGUGUGGAUGUGUGUUGAGGGGAUAGGGGGGGACUCGGCCGGUCUCCCUGCCCGUCCAGGGCCUUCUGAUCUGGGCAUGGCCUCAGCCUCAUCUGUGUGUCCUCCUGGGGGUCGGAUGUGCAGGAACAUGUCUGUGGGGUAUCAGAACGGACUCAACUACAUCGCCCUGGAGCUGAGAGAGGACCGGGACUCUAACCCUCUACCCGUACCCCAGCAGCAGCAGGGAGGCACCGGGCAUGGUACCGGGGCGACCCCCAACGCCCCCCACGCCAGUAACCUGACUGUGCCAGUAGCGGAGGACAGCGGAGCCUAUGGCAGUAUAGACUUCAUCAAGUCAGACGGGAUGACUGCCACGUCCAAGGACUGAUGAAGGAAGCUGAGAAUGGAGCAUCACAGACUCCCUCUACCGUGGCCUUCAACACCCACACACCACACUUUGAUCUUCAAUCCCUCAACCUCGACCCCAAGGUCAGCCCACGAGGUCACGCCCCCUCUGAGCAACAUCACCAAGACGACAGAAAACGAAGACUGAAUACGACACAUUUGUGUUUAUUUUGUUUGCUAACUUUUUUUUUUUUAUAUAUAUAUAUAUAUAUAUAUUUUUUUUCUUCUUCUCAGACCUGGUUCUGAGGCUGCUGUCAAUGUUAAUGGACUUUAGUUCUGACUUUCUUUCUGAUCUAACAGUACGAAAAGGGAGCUUUGCUUAAACACUUGAGUAUGGCUGUAUAACAAUAAUAAGUCCUAGAGACGGGGUGGAGACUGGUCAGUACAGGUUUCUCUUAAGACUUAAAUACACACUACUAUAUUUAUUGCCACAAUAGGUUUCAGGUGCGUUCAUUAUGUUAACAGGAUUUUAUUGAGUAUUUUUGUACAGCUAACAGAGAACGGUACUGGACUCAACGAUGGUCCCAGUUUUCCUGAUGAAAAAUAUUUUCCGUAAAAGAAGCAGGUACUUUAUUUCCACUUAAGGGCCUUUAUUAACACAGGUCUGGUACUGUGUGUGAGACGCUUACACACACACACGUCAGUGUGUCCUGUUUAGGCUAGGCGACACCCUCUGUUUCUGUGAUUCCACUAGUCAGUCAGUAGAGCUGCUGGGUCACACGCACACACACACACACACACACACACACACACACACACACACACACACGGGGGCUGGAUGUUGUUAGGGGUUCCAGUAACCUGACUCUACCCCCAAGGUGCAAUGUGCUGGGCAUACUUGCCCCCCUGUGCAACACACACGGACACACACACUCAAUACACGGAUACACACACGGACACACUCAAUGCACACACGG